AUGGCGGACCCUGCAGAGACCACCAUCAAGGUGGUGUGUCGGUUCCGGCCGCUCAACAGCUCGGAGGUGACCCGAGGAGACAAGUACAUCCCCAAGUUCACGGGGACCGACUGCGUCCAGAUCGCGGGAAAGCCGUACUACUUCGACCACGUGUUUCAGUCCAACACCACCCAGGUGGAGUUCUACAACGCGGUGGCUCAGAAGAUCGUCAGAGAUGUCCUGGGAGGCUACAACGGGACCAUCUUUGCUUACGGGCAGACAUCCUCUGGAAAGACGCACACAAUGGAGGGGAAGCUGCACGACCCAGACAUGAUGGGGAUCAUUCCUCGGAUUGUGGAGGACAUCUUCAACUACAUUUAUUCCAUGGAUGAAAAUCUGGAGUUUCACAUCAAAGUUUCAUAUUUUGAAAUCUAUCUGGACAAAAUUAAAGACUUAUUGGACGUAUCAAAGGUCAACCUUUCUGUCCACGAGGACAAGAACAAGGUGCCAUAUGUCAAGGGGUGUACGGAGCGGUUCGUGUCCAGUCCUGAGGAGGUCAUGGACACCAUAGAUGACGGCAAAAACAACAGACACGUGGCUGUCACAAACAUGAACGAGCACAGCUCCAGGAGUCACAGCAUCUUCCUCAUCAACAUCAAGCAGGAAAAUACUCAAACUGAACAGAAAAUGACUGGCAAGCUGUACCUGGUGGAUCUGGCUGGGAGUGAGAAAGUGGGGAAAACUGGAGCCGAGGGCACGGUGCUGGAUGAAGCUAAGAUGAUCAAUAAGUCUUUGUCCUCCCUGGGAAACGUUAUCUCAGCACUGGCAGAAGGCUCGAGCUACGUACCCUACAGAGACAGUAAGAUGACCAGGAUCCUGCAGGACUCGCUGGGAGGAAACUGUCGGACCACCAUGGUCAUCUGCUGCUCUCCUUCCUCUUUCAACGAUGCAGAGACCAGGUCUACGCUGUUGUUUGGACAAAGAGCAAAAACCAUCAAGAACACGGUAAUUCUGAACGUGGAGCUGACCGCAGAGCAGUGGAAGAGCAAGUGGGAGAAAGAGAAGGAGAAAAACAAAACGCUGAAGACCACCGUCACCUGGCUGGAGAAUGAGCUGAACCGCUGGAGGAGUGGAGAGCCUGUCCCAGUGGAGGAGCAGUUCGACAAGGAAAAGGCCAAGGCCGAGGUGCAGGCCCUGGACAGUGCCCUCAACAACGAUAGGACUGCACCCCAACCGGCCCUCGGCAGCACCCCCGGGGUCAAACUCACAGAUGCAGAGAAACAUAAGUUAGAAGCAGAAAUAACCAAACUAUACAAAGAGCUGGAUGACAAGGACGAGGAGAUCAACCAGCAGUCUCAGCUCACGGAGAACCUGAAGCAGCAGAUGCUGGACCAGGAGGAGCUCUUGGGCUCUUCCCGCCGUGACCACGACACCCUGCAGACCGAGCUGAACCGACUGCUGUCGGAGAACGAAGCCUCCAAGGAGGAGGUGAAGGAGGUGCUGCAGGCGCUGGAGGAGCUGGCCGUCAACUACGACCAGAAGAGUCAGGAGGUGGAGGACAAAGCCAAGGAGUUCGAGGCUCUCAGUGAGGAGCUGAACCAGAAAUCUAGCUCCUUGACCUCCAUCGACUCGGAGCUUCAGAAGCUGAAGGAGAUGACCAACCACCAGAGGAAGAGGGUCACGGAGAUGAUGUCGUCCCUGCUCAAAGACCUGGCUGAGAUCGGCAUCGCCGUGGGAAGCAAUGACAUCAAGCAGCAGGACAGCAGUGGGGUGAUGGAUGAGGAGUUCACCGUGGCCCGCCUCUACCUCAGUAAGAUGAAGUCGGAGGUGAAGACCAUGGUGAAGCGCAGCAAACAUCUGGAGAGCUCUCAGGCCGAGAGCUCCCUCAAGCUGGACCAGUCUGAGCGGGAGCUGACCGCCUGCCAGCUCCGCGUCUCCCAGCAUGAGGCUAAGAUCAAGUCGCUGACGGAGAGCCUCCAGAACGUGGAGCAGAAGAAAAGACAUUUGGAGGAGAAUGUGGACUCUCUCCACGAGGAAAUCGUACGGAUCAAAGCCCAAGAGAAAGUUAACACCAUGGAGAAGGAGAACGAGAUCCAGUCUGCUAAUGAAGUCAAGGAUGCUGUGGAGAAGCAGAUCCAGUCCCACAGGGAGGCCCACCAGAGGCAGAUCAGCAGCCUGAGGGACGAUCUGGACAGCAAGGACAAGCUGGUCACCGAGCUCCAGGACUCCAACCAGCAGAUCAUGCUGGAGCAGGACCGGCUGAGACUGGAGCACGAGAAGCUGAAGACUGCUGACCAGGAGAAGAGCCGGCAGCUGCAGGAGCUCACGGUGCUGCAGGACAGGAGGGAGCAGGCCAGGCAGGACCUGAAGGGGCUGGAGGAGACUGUGGCCCGGGAGCUGCAGACGCUGCACAACCUGAGGAGACUGUUUGCCCAAGAUUUAUCCACCAGAGUCAAAAAGAAGUCUCAGGACCUGGACGACUCUGAAGGCAGCGCUGCUCAGAAACAGAAGAUCAGCUUCCUGGAGAGCAACCUGGAGCGGCUCACCAAGGUCCACAAACAGCUGGUGAGGGACAACGCCGACCUGCGCUGCGAGAUCCCCAAGCUGGAGAAGCGUCUGCGGGCCACGGCGGAGCGGGUCAAGGCCCUGGAGGCCGCCCUGAAGGAGGCCAAGGAGAACGCUGCCCGCGACCGCCAGCGCUACCAGCAGGACGUGGAGCGCAUCAAGGACGCCGCCAAGCCCAAGAACAUGGGCAGGAGAGGCUCUGCUCAGAUAGCCAAGCCCAUCCGGCCGGGCCAGCUGCCCGGAGCCUCCCCCCUGAUCCACCGCUCCAUCCUGCUGCAGAACAACCAGGCCGGGGGCCGAGGAGGCAACGACAGCAGUUAAAGGUGCUGAUAAACGCCCAGACAGGAAGCUCCGGUCCCAGACCGACACACCGAACCUCCACCUGGAAACCCUGCAACCACGUCCUGA